CACCCAGAGGAACAAACCCUCUCCCGAAGAUCCGUCUUUUCUUCUCCUUCCCUCCCCUGCUCGCCCUCGGCUUCAAGAGCCGUCAGGACAGGCCGAUUGGAUCAGCGGGCAGUGUUCCCUGUAGAGCACCUGCGUGUAGUGCGCUUGGGUGUGACAUAGUGUGGGGAGACAAGAGUCGCUUGGUCGGACGCACAAUCCGCCCGUGCUGGCUUCAGUGUGCAGUGUGCUGAGCUGCUGUCCAGUCUCCGUCCUGCUGGUGCGAGGGUUGUCGCUGAGGCCCCGAGUACGAGCCGCAUCCGUGGCAGGAGGUCACAGUAUUAAAACGGUCUUGCCACACGCAUUGGCACAGACCUUGAACGCCUUUCUACCAAAGGCAUUCUAAGUGCAGUCUCUCGAACAGAGCCAAAAACAGACAUCAUGGGCCGUCUCACUGUGGACGUCGUGGCGCUGGCGCCGCAAUUCACCAACGCUCUCAAGGAGCGUGAAAUUGACCUGCGUGAGAACAAGAUUAUCGUGAUUGAGAACUUGGGUGCCACGGUGGAUCAGUUUGACACAAUUGACCUCAGUGACAAUGAGAUUCGCCGCCUGGAGGGCUUCCCAACGCUUCAGCGCCUCAAGUCUCUCAUCAUCAACAACAACCGCGUCAGCCGCAUUGCCCCGGGGCUGGAAAGCUUUCUGCCGCGCCUGGAAGAGUUGAUCCUGACCAACAACGCUCUUUCGGACUUGGCGGACCUCCAGCCCCUGUUUGGCAUCCCCACUCUGCAGAGAUUAUCGUUGCUGCGCAACCCAGUGGCGGCCGUGUCCAACUACCGCCUCUAUGUCAUUUACCACAUGCCUCAGCUUAAGAUGCUGGACUUUCAAAAAGUCAAGGAAAAGGAACGUGCAGCGGCCAAGGCCCUAUUUGAGAGCGCCAGCGGCGCCGAGCUGUUGGAGACGGUCAAACAACAUGUUGGCUCGUCGGCGGCACUAGAGAAGUAUCAGGAGGAGAAGCUGCGGCAAGAGGCCGAGGCUGCCCGCAUCAUGGCGGAGAACACGGCCAAGAUCAAAACUGCAAUUCAGAACGCCACCUCCUUGGAGGAGGUCCAACGUCUCGAGGCGCAGCUUCGGGCUGGCAUCAUGCCUGGGGCCGAGCCCAUGGCAACGGAGGGCGAGGGUGAGGGAUCUGCCUAA